CCUCCCCACCGCCCGCUCCACCGAGCGCCCGCUGCCCCGCAACUUCACCCUGCGCCUCGGCUGCUGCUGUGGGGACACGACUGUCACCUGCGGCCCUUUCCCGCUCUGCCCCGGACAGCGAGCGCCGCAGGCUGUCAGCGGAGCCGGGGGUGCCGAGCAGUGCGCGGGCGCGCGUGGGUGCGGAGAUGGCGCGUGCCACCCUGCGCUGAGCGUCCCGGGCACAAGGAGGGUCUCUGCAGGACAGCCGACCAGACUCCCAGAAACCAUGCUGAUGGGAUCUCAGUCCUUCUCGCCCGGAGGACCCAAUGGCAUCAUCCGGAGCCAGUCCUUCGCCGGCUUCAGCGGCCUGCAGGAAAGGCGUUCCAGGUGUAACUCCUUCAUUGAAAAUGCCUCUGCUCUCAAGAAGCCUCAGGCCAAGCUGAAGAAAAUGCACAAUUUAGGACACAAAAACAACAACACCCCCAAAGAACCACAGCCGGAGAGAGUAGAAGAGGUCUACAGGGCCUUGAAAAACGGACUUGAUGAGUACCUGGAGUUUCACCAGACAGAGCUGGACAAGCUGACAGCUCAGUUAAAAGACAUGAAAAGGAACUCUCGCCUGGGUGUACUGUAUGACCUGGACAAGCAAAUUAAAACAAUUGAACGAUACAUGAGACGCCUGGAGUUUCACAUUAGUAAGGUAGAUGAACUCUAUGAAGCCUAUUGCAUUCAACGACGCCUCCAGGAUGGUGCUAGCAAAAUGAAGCAGGCAUUUGUGUCAUCCCCUGCCAGCAAGGCUGCACGGGAGAGUCUGUCGGAGAUCAACCGCAGCUACAAGGAGUACACAGAGAACAUGUGUGCCAUCGAAGCAGAGCUGGAGAGUCUGCUGGGCGAAUUCUCCAUCAAGAUGAAAGGUCUGGCUGGCUUUGCACGCCUCUGUCCUGGAGAUCAAUAUGAAAUUUUCAUGAAGUAUGGCCGGCAGAGGUGGAAACUGAAAGGCAAAAUAGAAAUGAGCGGCAGACAGAGCUGGGACGGGGAGGAGACCAUCUUCCUGCCCCUGGUCGUCGGGUUCAUUUCCAUCAAGGUCACGGAACUCAAAGGGCUGGCGACUCACAUCCUGGUGGGCAGUGUGACCUGUGAAACUAAAGAGCUGUUUGCAGCCCGACCCCAGGUGGUGGCUGUUGACAUCAACGACCUUGGUACCAUCAAACUGAACCUGGAAAUCACCUGGUAUCCCUUUGACGUGGAGGACACGACUCCAUCCUCAGGUGCUGGGAACAAGGCAGCUGCUCUCCAGAGGAGGAUGUCCAUGUACAGCCAGGGCACCCCAGAAACGCCCACCUUCAGGGACCACUCCUUCUUCAGAUGGUUACGGCUGCCUGUCUUGAGUGCCUUGCAAGACACUUUCUUUGCCUCGCUGCACCACAACCGCUCUGUCGGUGACCUGCCUUCCCUCAGCCUGAACCCCAAGGCCCUGCUAGAGUUCUAUUCGAAUCUGCCAGAUGACAUCUUUGAGAGCGAAAAGCCAUCUGAGAAGACACCUCUGUCCCUCAGCUUCAGCGACCUGCAGGACACAGACGGUGCCUUCACCUCCAGCUCAGCCACCUCACCAUCCAGCUCAUACUCGGCCCAUCCUGAAAUUACCAUCACCCCUGCUGAGCUCACCCAGAGCAGCCUGUCCUCCCAGAACGAGGUCACGGAGGACAGCAGCUCAGCAUCUUCCAGGAACUCCUUGGGUGAGGACCACGAGCCAAAGUCCCAGGGGAUGAGCAACACGGUGCAGCCCAGGCAGCCCGACUCCGCCGCAGGGGCCGGUGCCGAGCACCUGUUCCUGGAGAAUGGUGUCGCCGAGGCCCUCCUACAGGAGUCGGAUGAAGCCUCUGAGCUCAAGCCUGUGGAACUGGAUGCUUUUGAGGGAAACAUCACAAAGCAGCUAGUGAAGAGACUCACCUCAGCCGAGGUACCAGUGACCAGUGAGAGGCUUCUCUUUGACGGUCCGGUCAGUAGUGAAUCUGAGGCCGCCCAGUCCUUUCUCGACGGCAGCCUGGAAGAUGCCUUCAAUGGGCUCUUCCUUGCCCUGGAACCACACAAGGAGCAGUACAGAGAGUUCCAGGAUCUGAACCAAGAAGUCCUGCACCUGGAUGAUGUGCUCAAAUGCAAGCCGGCAGGCAGCCGCAGCAGGUCUUCCAGCCUGAGUCUUACAGUUGAGAGUGCUUUAGAAAGCUUUGACUUUCUCAACACCUCAGACUUCGAUGAGGAGGAAGAGGAUGCUGAUGAGGUCUGCGGAGUGGGAGGAGGAGCCGACUCUGUGUUUUCAGACUCCGAGCCUGAGAAGAAUAGUUACAGGUCAGUUCACCCGGAAGCCAGGGGUCACCUUAGUGAAGCUCUAACUGAAGACACAGGUGUAGGGACCAGCGUGGCAGGGAGCCCGCUCCCACUGACCACAGGAAACGAGAGCCUGGACAUCACCAUCAUCAGACACCUACAGUACUGCACCCAGCUCGUUCAGCAAAUUGUCUUCUCCAGCAAAACCCCCUUUGUGGCCCGAAGUCUCCUGGAGAAGCUCUCCAGGCAGGUCCUGGUGAUGGAGAAGCUGGCCGCUGUGAGCGAUGAGCACCUAGGAAGCAUCUCCUCAGUGGUGGAAGCCAUACCAGAAUUCCACAAAAAGCUGUCUCUGUUGUCCUUCUGGAGCAAGUGCUGCAGCCCCACCGGGGUCUACCACAGCUCCGCAGACAGGGUGAUCCAGCAGCUGGAGACCAGCUUUGCCAGAACCGUCGACAAAGAAUACCCAGGGCUUGCAGACCCAGUGUUUCGAACCUUGGUGUCCCAAAUCCUGGACCGAGCAGAGCCUCUACUGUCCUCCGGCCUCUCCUCAGAAGUCAUCACUGUGUUCCAGUAUUACAGUUUCUUUACCAGCCACGGUGUGAGUGACCUGGAGACUUACCUGAGCCAGCUGGCCAGGCAAGUCGCCAUGGUUCAGAAUCUGCAGUCACUUAGAGAUGAGAAACUGCUGCAGACCAUGAGCGACCUUGUACCCAGCAACCUCUCAGCCCAGCAGGAAGUCCUUAGGACCCUGGCUCUGCUACUCACCAGAGACAACGAGGUCAGUGAGGCCGUGACCUUCUACCUCGCCACUGCCUCCAAGAACGAGCGCUUCAGGGAGAAGGCUUUGCUGUAUUACUGUGAAGCACUCACCAAGACUAAUCUCCAACUGCAGAAGGCAGCAUGCCUGGCCCUGAAGAGCCUGGAGGCCACUGAAAGCAUUAAAAUGUUGGUGAUGCUGUGUCAGUCUGACACUGAGGAGAUCAGAAAUGUGGCCUCAGAAACCCUCUUGUCCCUGGGAGAAGACGGGAGGCUGGCGUAUGAACAGCUGGACAAAUUUCCUCGAGACUGUGUUAAAGUUGGAAGUCGUCACGGAACUGAAGUUGCCACAGCCUUUUAAUUUCACUGCCUGACUGCUGUCCUGACACCUGGCCCUGAUCAUCAGGAGGCUGUGACUUAGCCAGACAGCGUCAGCAACUUAAGAGUUCGGUGGAGACUGUCCUUAGAGAUUUCAUAGGACCGUCUACUUCCCCUUUAGCCAACAGCACAGGGCUGUGUACAGUUCUCUAGGCUACCCCAUGCUUGUGUCUCCCAGAACUCAAUGUCCAUCUGACUCUAGUAUGUAUGGAGUUUUAAAAUAGCCAUCUUUGUACUCUGGGGAAAGUGCUUCUGUAAGCUUGAAAUCUUCAUGUGCUAUUUUGGUCAAUAUUAUAAGCCUUGCAGUUUGUCUGUCAUGUUCUCAGGGUUGAGUGGCCCUUUAGCUACCUUAUUUCACUUUAAAUACAAAGCACAAAAAGAAAUGUUUUCAAAUAAAAGUUUUCCCACAGAACUUGGCAAAAUGACCCGUUAUGAGACUAAGCUUCAGAGCUGUGGCUGUGGCUCAGGUGGUAACAGUGCUUGCCUGGCAAGCAUGAAGCCCUGGGUUCCUUCUCAGCACGACCUGAGCAAGGUAUGCUGCCCAGUGUCUCAGGAAGUGAACAACGUAGGCACAGAACGUCAGGGUCUUCCCAGCUACCGAGUGAGUUCCAGGAUAGCCCAGGAUACAUGAAACCCUAUCUUAAAAAGGGAGCGGGAGAAACCACGUUUUGUAUUUCGGUUUUUUAAAGCUCCCUCCAUGUGUUUUGGUUUUCCAUCUCAGGAAUUUCCAUAUCGUCUUUGGUUUAAAAAGUAGGUUGAAAAAUAACAGCUUUAGUGCUGGAGAGAUGGCUCAGCAGGUAAGAGCACUGGCUGCUCUUGCAGAGAACCUGGGUUCGGUUCCCAGCACCCACAUGGAGGUUAACAACUGUCUGUUGACUCCAAU